AUGGCGACUGGCCGAAUCAAUGUAGCUCCAAUGGCGCCAUUUGAUCCUAUGUCCGAUCCAAACUCUCUCAGUCAGCGCUGGAAAACGUGGAAACGACGAUUUGAAACAUAUCUUGUUGCUCUGAAUGUGACUGAAAAGAAACAAAAGCGGGCUCUCUUGUUGUACCAAGCUGGCCAAGAGACUAAGGAUAUUUUUGAUACCCUUGUUGACAUCGGCGAAGACGACGACUAUGAUUCCGCUAUCGCUGCCCUCGAUACGUAUUUUUUACCUAAAAAACAUGUCGAUUUUGAAAUUUUUAAGUUUCGUGAAGCCAAACAACAACCACAUGAAACAAUCGAUCAGUUUUCAACUCAUCUUAGGAAGCUGGCGGCAACCUGUGACUUCGAAAAUAUCGACAAGGAAGUAAAAUCGGCCAUAAUUCAAAACUGUUUAUCGAAACGUCUACGACGCUACGCCCUGCUUGACUCGGAAGUUACGCUAGCCAAGAUUCUCGCAAAAGGCAGAGCUUUUGAACUCAGUGAAUCGCAGGCAACCGGCAUUGAAAACGCACUUGACUCAACACAUAUUUCUGACGAAGUAGUUGAAGCUGUCCAUCCUACAACGAAACAUAACCGUCGUGAUAAACAACAUACAUCGUUUCACCGCCAAGACUUUUACACCUCAUCAGAGUGUCGGAAUUGUGGGGGGCCCUGGCCCCAUAACAACAAUAUUUGUCCCGCGAAAGGAAAAUCUUGUCUGAACUGUGGAAAAUCAAACCAUUUUGCGAAAGUCUGUCGUAGUGCUCGCAAGGCUCGCUUCGAUCAACAAGAGAAUCGAAGGCCUUCAAAAAAAUACCACAAAAACAAAGGUCACAAGAUUUAUGGCAAACCCUCCAGCAGUGAAAGCAGUAGCGAGGAUGAAUUUAUUUUUACUCUGAAACCGACAGGUAGAGACAAAACAACUCCACAGGUUCAAAUCUCGGUCAACACCACCCCUAUCAACAUGGUUAUCGACACUGGUGCUUCCAUCGACAUCAUCGAUGAACUUGCUUUCAACACCUUGCAAAAACAGUGACCCAUAGCCCUUCAACGUUCCAAAACACGUAUUUUUGCAUAUGGAGCUACAAACCAGCUACCUGUUAUGGGACAAUUUCGUGCAACUCUAGAAUGUUUGACUGGUGCAACAACCACGCAAGUUCAUGUUAUCAAAGGAAAUUUUGGUUGUUUGCUAAGCUAUCAAACGGCAUCUGCUUUGGGUCUGAUCAUGCUGAAUGUUAACAAUGUGAAACCGGAACAUGCCACCCAUGAACAACUGAUGAAAGAGUAUGCCAAUUUGUUCAACGGAAUUGGCACUCUUAAAAAUUUUGAAGUUAAAUUGCACAUUGAUGAUACUGUCCCUCCAGUAGCACAAACCCCCCGUCGUAUUCCUUUCCACAUGCGGCAAAAGGUCUCAGAUGCGCUCGACACGUUAGAAAAUGAUGGAAUUAUUGAAAAAGUAUCAGAUGCCACUCCUUGGGUCAGUCCAUUAGUUGUUAUCCCAAAGAAAGAUGGUGAGAUCAGGCUAUGCAUUGAUAUGCGUAUGGCUAAUCAGGCAAUUCAACGCGAAAGACAUCCGACCCCAACUGUGGAUGAUUUAAUUCACAAAUUAAACGGCGCCACCAUAUUUACAAAGCUUGAUCUUCGCUCGGGAUACCACCAGUUAUCUCUCGCUGAGGAAAGUUGA